UACGCAUCCAGCAAUCGUCGUGGCUGGACGUCUAUCGCCUCACCAUUUUUUACCGGCAUAGCCUGAAUUACGCGUCCAUUUUCACCGUCCUGCUUUUUGUACUGGAAUUAGCCUUUGUUUCGCAUAAUUCGGACUGGACUCUCGGUAACUACAUAGUGAUUUAAAUAGAUAUAUUUUUCUAUGGAAUUUAUUAGUGUAAGUGUAUAGUGUAAUAGUGUUAGUGUUGUGGAAUGGAUUAUAUUAUCUAGGACAGCUGUAUAAUGUCGAAGACCUUAAACGCGUAUAGAAUCAAGAAGAUCGAGUCACUAGGAAGAAUGACGGCUAUGACGCAGGAGGAGAUGGUGGCCGGAGCCCGGACUGUGGCUGCCGGCCUCGAGGCCCUGCGGGCUGAGCACACGCAACUGCUCGCCGGCCUGGCCGCGAACACUGAUCAUGAACAUGAGAAGGCGGCCCUCGUGAGGAAGAGCAUUGAUGCUAUUGAGCUCGGAUUGGGGGAGGCACAGGUGAUGAUGGCCCUCGCCUCCCACCUGCAAUCGGUUGAGGCGGAGAAACAGAAGCUGCGCACCCAGGUGCGACGCCUUUGCCAGGAAAACGCCUGGUUGCGUGAUGAGCUGGCUGCUGCCCAGCAGCGGCUCCAGGCAUCAGAACAGCGUGUCGCACAGCUGGAAGAGGAGAACAAACAUCUGGAGUUUAUGGCUUCUAUACGUAAAUACGAUAGCGACAUAACCGAGGAAAAUGAUAAUCACCGCAGCGGACAGACUGACAACAAGCGGGAUGAUCCAAUGGUGGAUCUCUUCCCUGAUGAUGACCACGAGGAUAACAGGAAUAAUAAGUCGAUGUCUCCAACACCGCCAUCCCAAUUCGCGCAGCAGGUGAACGCGGGGUACGAGAUCCCGGCCCGUCUGCGGACAUUGCACAACUUGGUGAUCCAAUACGCGUCUCAGGGCAGAUACGAGGUGGCAGUGCCUCUGUGCAAACAGGCCCUGGAAGACCUGGAGAAGACCUCCGGACAUGAUCACCCAGAUGUCGCCACUAUGCUUAAUAUUUUGGCGCUGGUUUACAGGGAUCAAAGUAAAUACAAAGAAGCAGCAAAUCUUCUGAACGACGCUCUCUCGAUCCGUGAGAAGACCCUCGGAGAAAACCAUCCAGCCGUUGCCGCUACGCUCAAUAAUCUGGCUGUUUUGUAUGGGAAACGAGGCAAGUACCGUGAAGCCGAGCCGUUGUGCAAGCGGGCUUUAUGUAUCCGCGAGAAUGUAUUGGGUCGCGAUCACCCCGAUGUCGCCAAACAACUCAACAACUUGGCACUACUUUGUCAAAACCAGAACAAAUACGAAGAAGUGGAACAGUACUACCAGCGUGCAUUGGAAAUCUAUGAAGGCAGGUUGGGAGUCGACGAUCCCAACGUGGCUAAGACCAAGAAUAACCUCGCUUCUUGCUAUCUCAAACAGGGCAAAUACAAGGAAGCCGAAACUCUUUACAAACAAGUGUUGACUCGUGCCCACGAAAGGGAAUUCGGGACUAUUGAUGAUGACAACAAGCCGAUCUGGCAAGUGGCUGAAGAGCGAGAGGAAAACAAACAUUUGCAGAAGGAGAAUGCUCCGUAUGGUGAAUAUGGUGGAUGGCAUAAGGCUGCCAAGGUAGACUCUCCAACAGUGACCACCACAUUGAAGAACUUGGGCGCCCUCUACCGGCGUCAGGGCAAGUACGAGGCAGCUGAAACACUCGAAGACUGUGCUUUGCGUAGCCGAAAAGAGGCCUUGGACGUGAUGAAGCAGUCCCGAGGACGUGGACGAGCUCGCGACUCGCUCGAACAGAACGACGAAGAAAUUACGGGCACGAAUCAAGCAAACGAGCCACGAAUGAACUUAAAGUCGAAACUUUUCAAUGCGCUAGGUAUCACAGGGAAUUCGCCCCACCAGUAGCCUAGAUUUAGACCUAGCCUAGAUUAAGUUUAUUUUAAGUGCUCACUCGCUUCUCACGUGAAUUCUCUUAAAUGUACCAAAAUUAAAUCAUUAUGAGUACGAGUUUCAAGCUUGAGUUUUAGAAUAAGGACUCGUGAUACAAAGGGAAUUUUAUCAAUCGAUUAUUUGCUCAUCGAGAGAAUUCACGUGCCACUAAGCCCGCUCUUUUGUUUUUGUAGUAUUUUUUUAUUUAAGCAUGGUAACCCUAAGACAAACGCAAAAGGGCGGGUCUACGUAGAUAAUUUAUUAGCAUGCGAUAAAAAAAUAAUAAAAAAAAUAAUUUUAUAUUGCAAUCAAUAAAUCAUGUACCGUCCGACGGAUUUUUUAAUAUCAUACCACGUCAAUCGAAUUUGCAUUUAUUUGUGAAUAUGAGUAUGUUACAACGAUUAUUUUGCUUAUUUUAAAUUUUUUGCCGUUUUUAUAGUUGAAUGUAUUAUGCAUGUGAUUUUAUUGUAAAAGUAAGCGCGCGAAAAAACAAGAUGGCGAUCAAUGACAAAUUCGCCCGCUUGCCAUUUAUUAUCUAUGCAACCGAGAUUUUUUAUCUGUUUUAAUAUUUAUACAAGUCUUUUCAUUCCAAUGUAGUGUUAUUUCGGUGUAAGCUUUAUAAAAUAGAUUUUAUUGUAUUUUUAUAAUUGAUAUUUUGCGAACGCUUAGUAAUCGGAUUUUUUUAAAUUUUACGACAAUAAUUUGAAAGAAACGAAUCUCUGAUAUUCAAUCCCAUGUCACAAUAUGAAUGAUAAUUUUUAAUUGUUAAUAAAUAUUUAUAUAACAGUC